AUGGCAACAACACAAUCAAUCAAGGUUACUCUUCAACGAGAUAGUUUGCAGACUUCAUGGGGAUUUCGUCUACAAGGUGGCACAGAUUUUCGAACGCCAUUCAUUGUCAAUAAAGUUAAUCCUGGUAGUCCAGCUGAUGGUAAUCUACAACGUGGUGAUGUUAUUCUUAUCAUAGAUCAAAUACCAGUUAGUUCAAUGCUUCAUAAUGAAGCACUUGAAUUAAUACAACGAGCUGGUGGUCAAAUAACAUUUCUAGUACAAAGAGGAUCUAACCUAUAUUCUCAGGCACCAUCAUUUCCACAACCUCAACGUCCAAUGUCAGCUACGCCAUGGUCAUAUGCAAAUUCAAAUCCAUCUUGGUCUUCACCAACUCAUCAACUUACUCCCAUGUCAUUUUUUCGAAAUCGACCAUUAGAAAGAAUACCUGAACCGAAACCAUUGCUUAGUCAAACAGGUAGUCCAAUGAUGCCAGGUCCAGUUCCAUCUGUAUCGACAAAAACACGAGGUUAUAUGCAGCCACCUUCUUUUUAUGCAGAAAGAAGUAAUCCGUUAAAUAAUAUUGCAUAUUCUCCUGGUCGGCUUGUCUAUCCCGGGCCAACAUAUAAUAAUCGAAGUCGACCAAUGUCAACAAUAAAUUAUCCGAAUUCUUAUGAUGAUUCAUCAUAUGGGAAUUCAUUAAAUAAUGGAUCGGAGUCAUAUAUACCGUCUUAUCAAAAAAAAGUUCAAAUAAAUCCUAAUGUUCAAAAACAAUAUUAUAAUCCAAUACCACCUCAACCUCAACCUCAACCAUCAAAUCUCGUUCAUCGUCAAUUUAAUUCACCAAUAUCACUUUAUUCAAAUGAUAAUGUUCAAGAAGUUAUGAAUCAUCAUAUUACUCGUGUUAAUGUCAUCCCAUCAAUACCUGAACAAUCACAAUAUGCCUAUAAUGUUACUUUAUUACCAUCAAAUCCUACACAUACCUCAACAAGUUUACCUGUUCAUUAUGUUCCAUCAAAUAAAACGAAUUAUGCAACAGAUUAUUGA